AUGAGCACAUCCGAGAUUAAAGAUCAAGCCCAGGAGCUUAUAAACGCACCAAAGACAUUUGUCAAGGAAGGAAUCCAGUUCAUCAACCGAUGCAAGAAGCCUGAUCAGAAGGAAUUUCUCAAGAUUUCCCAGGCUGUUGGUAUGGGAUUUGCUGCCCUUGGUGCUCUCGGCUACAUUGUAAAGCUCAUUCAUAUCCCCAUCAACAACAUCCUUGUGGGUGCUGCUUAAAGUCAUUGGCGUCACUUGGAUGGUCUGAACGACCAAAUACCGGUGCUUUGUAUAAUCCAUUCUUCAUUAAUCAUGCGCUUAGGCUCACUUUAGACAUAAAAUCUUGAAAAAUACAUUUUUGAAUUCGACGUUUGACC